UUUCCGGUGAAUGCUUUGUUUAUUAUCAGAAGUGAGCUUUUGACCAGGUGCAAUGAGAAGGAACAUCAGCUAGAUGGAAAAUCAUUGUUGUGAUCAGUCUAAUUGAAACAAUCACUUUCAUGUGACGGAAAAAGAAUCUGAUCAGUAAAACAUGGGCCGCACAAAGUCUGGAGGUGGUGGAAGUAGCGUAGGAGCUAGCAGUAGCCAUAGUCCGUCAUCGGACACUAACUCCACAUGCAGUACUGCGGCCGCCGAGGUUCGCAUUAAGGACCUGUUGAAAGAGCUUUAUCAUCUUAUACACCAAGUGCAGGAUGAACGAGCCAGGGGAGAGCACAAUCUCACUAACAUCUCUAAAACACAUGAACGGAUGCAACAGGAACAAAAAGUGACUCCAUAUUAUAAAAACAAACUCAAAGGUCUGUACAAAACAGCCAUGCAGGAUGCUGAACUAGAAGCAGAGUUAUUGAGAAAAGCUCUUGAUAAGAUUGCUGAGGUAAAAAGCAUAAGGGAAAACCGACGACUUGGUAAAAUAAAAGACUCUGACCGCCCAAAACCAAUCAUGAGGCGAGGAGUUUUGAUGACAAUGUUACAACAAAAUGCACAAACUUUGCCCCUAUGGGUCAGCAAACCUGGAGAGAAGCCUCCUCCUCUGUGUGGAGCUAUCACAGCAGAUAAUAACUAUGUGGCCAAACCAGGAGACAAGGUAGCUGCAAGAGUGCGGUCAGAAGAUGAAGAGAACUGGAUCUUAGCUGAGGUCGUGACCUUCAACUCCUCUACCAACAAAUAUGAUGUGGAUGACAUUGAUGCAGAUGAAGGAAAAGAACGACAUACUCUCAGUAAAAGAAGAAUUGUUCCAUUACCAAUAUGGAAGGCUAACCCAGAAACUGAUCCAGAGGCAUUAUUUACUAAAAAUAUGUUGGUGCUAGCACUGUAUCCUCAGACAACCUGUUUUUACAGAGCCCUCAUACAUGAACCCCCUAAAAAGCCACAAGAUGACUAUUCUGUGUUAUUUGAAGACACCUCCUAUCAAGAUGGCUACUCUCCACCCCUCAUGGUCGCCCAGCGAUAUGUUAUUGCAUGUAAGGAAGACAAGAAGAAAUGAAUAAAACUCAGGUGUUCAAAUUGAUUUCAUACAACAUAUGAUACAACUGGAUAUAAAAGAAUCAAUUUCUUAAUCUCAAACUGAACUCUUUUCAACUUAAUUUAUUGAACAAAAGUUUUUCAAUAUUUCAUUAAUGCAAGAUGGAGUCUUUGAAAUGAAAGCAUACAUUUUAAAAUCAGAUUGAAGUAAAUGAAACUAAACGACCAUAUGCAUAUUGAAAUUGGCAUACUUUUAAUGAAUUUCGAAAUAUUGGAAUGGUUGCGAGACUUUCCAAAAUUAAUAACAAGUAUGUCGUAUGUUGAAAGACCCGGUUUUCUUCAAAUAAGUGUUGUCGAGAGAAAAUUUGUUUCCUCUGGAUUUCCUUGCUUCACUUUCAUUUGUUAAUAAUUCAGAUUGAUGUUCUGUUGCUUUUUAUAUGAAGGACAAUUUCCUGUCAGUUGUUAUACAAGUUCAAGGUAUUGGUGGGUAAAGUCUGUCUGUAUUUGUAGCUAGCUACAUUACUUGUGUCAGGGUAGGCUUACCUUUUAACAUGGUUCGUCAUGAUUUUAGUGUGUGAAAUGGUCACAGUUAUAUUUCCAUGUCCUGUUCAUCUAUGCUUAUAAUGACCCACUUGAGGAGUGUAAUUAUAGUGCUCUUGUAUUUCAAUACCUAUAUUAUCCUAUUAUUGUUAACUAAAACCACAAUAACGAUAAUGAUGAUUGUUGAUAAACAGCUACUGUAAACACACUGUUUUCCUGGAAAUUUAGUUUUGUGAUUAAAAUCAGUUUGCAAGAAAGUUUUGUAUAAAAAUUAAGACAAGAUGUUGAAAAAUUAUCACACUAUAGCAUAGUCUAUUCAGUAUCCAAAUAUUAUUACAGUAUAGAAUAGUCUAUUCUGUAUCCAAAUAUUAUUACAGUAUGGAAUAGUCUAUUCUGUAUCCCAUAUUAUUACAGUAUGGAAUAGUCUAUUCU